AUGACUGUGCUGAAUAUACUCGGCAUAUACGCCACGGUGAAGGACCUGGCAACAGACCUGAAGGACACGGUGCGAGUCUCUAAAUCAUCAGAGAAGAUACUCUGGGCAGUAGACUACUGCUUCGUGAUGUUGAUAGCCAGUGUAGGGGCUUACAAUGGGUUCUCUAGGGUGACGGAACUACUUCAGUGCCUGAGCAGUGUUCAGAAGAUCAAAAAGGAAAUUAUCACAGACCAAGACAAGGAAUUCAAAUGCUGUGAGAAGAAGAACUGCUCUAUAUUAGUAUCAUUUCUAGUUUUUGCUACUACCACGGUCAUUCUGAAUUAUAGGAGAAUCUUUAUAAAGGCCAUAGAGACAAGAAAAGACAUUAUCGUGACGUCACUGUACUCCUGCUACGAAGCAGCAUACGUGAUGCUGUUUGUGCUAGAAAUGCAGUUCCUCUUCAGCUCUUUAGAGAUCUAUGAAGCCUUGAAGACUUUGAACAACGCUUUGGAGAGGGCAUCCCAGCAGAAAACUGUUAUGGACCGAACGCGCCUGCUGGUAAGCCAGAUAAUCCUGCACAACACCGAUGCCCUGAUGGCCGAGGAGCUGGACAAGUUCUACCGAUACCUGCUUCUCAAUAAGACCAGCUACGCUCCGAUGGCAUUGUGCACACUCAGCCGAUCUCUUCUAGCUACUAUGCUGGGCAGCGUUGCUACUUACCUGGUCAUCAUUGUACAGCUGUCCGCAGUCGAAGGUCUUUAG